UGAACCAUAGAUUUGGAUAAAUCUGUGGUCUCUCUCUUUAACGCCACUCGAUUUAACGUCAAACUUCAUAAAACAUCGAAAUGGUGGACUGAGGUGUUUGUUUACCCAAUUUACCUUGUUUUUAGGGUUCCGUACCUCAAAAGGAAAAAACGGAACCCUUAUAGGAUCACUUUGUUGUCCGUCCGUCCGUCUGUCAAGACCCUUUUUCUCAGGAACGCGUGGAGGUAUGAAGCUGAAAGGAGAUCAUUCAGGCUUCAUACAUUUUUGGGCCUUUUCUGAAAGUGCCGGCCAACAAAAAAAAUUGGUCUACUGUCCCUUGAAGCUGUGAAAAAAUCAAACUUCUAAGCCAACGCAAUCAAAAGAUACAGCCGUUUAUGCCGCAAAUUUUCGACACUUGCAAGGGAAUCAAAACCUACAGGGUGCUUCCCGUGAACUCAGAAUCUUGAAAUUUGGUUUGUACGGAACCCUCGGUGAGCGAGUCCGACUCGCACUUGGCCGGUUUUUUUAAAUAAAUAUAGGUCUACGAGUACCUUACAAUUUGUACCUACUUAGCAUCACGCUCAUGCUAUUCGCUAUUAUAGCUAAAACAAUACCUACGGCAAUCAGCAUUACAUCAUUAUACCAACCUAAACAAACACCUACUUUUUUGCCGAAAACAAAGAGAGGUGCUGUGUAGGCAGUUGCUUACAGACUUUCGAGUAAACAUGGCGAGUAAACGAAAAUCCUUGUGUAUUGACGAAAAAGUUUUAUUAAUACGCUCAAUAGAGGCGGGAGAAAAGAUAAGUGAUGUUGGAAGACGAUUUGGAUUUAGCCGCUCUACUGUGUCUACAAUAUGGAAAAACAUUCUGCAAGCAGAGGCGGAUGGAAAAUCUGCUAAGAAAUUAAAAAAACCUCAAUACGAAGAUCUGGAUCCACCGAUGCUAGCAUGGUUUUAUAAUCAGCGCCAGAAUAAUGUGCCUGUCUCAGGGCCGAUCAUGAAAGCUAAGGCGGAAGAAAUUGCCAAAGAAUUAGGAUUAACUGCUUUCAAGGCAUCAGAAGGAUGGCUCGGGAGAUUCAAGCAACGUCACCACAUCGACUAUGGUAAAAUUAAUGGAGAAGUGCAAGGUGUUAAUGCGUAUUUGAAGGUAGAGUAUGCUCCGAAUGACCUUUCUAACGCUGGCGAAACUGGAAUAUCCUGUAACUUGGCAACUCACAAAACAUUGAAAUUUAAAGCAGAAAAGUUUGUGGGAGGAAAGCUCUCCAAAGAGCAGGAACAACAAGUGAAUGAAGAAGAUGAAACAGAUGAACCUGACUCUCCACCAAGUAUUAAACAAGCACUUGAUGCAGCGAAAGUAUUAGAAAAAUACUUUUUAUAUAAUCAAAUUGAUCCAGCAGCAUCUCAAGUUAUGAGUAAAAUACGUAAUAAAAUACAAUUGAUGUAUUGGAGCAACAAAAACCAUCAGACGAAGUUAACAGACUAAGGCAAAACGUGUUGUUAUUUGCAUGCAUAAUAACAUUGUGUGUAAAAUAAUCUCUUAUUAACUUUUUUCUCCAUUUAACGACCAUUCUAUUUAACGCCGAAAAUGCUCAGUCCUUUAGUGUCGUUAUAAAGAGUUUACAGUUUUUUACACUGUAGGUAUUUUGUUAGGAAUACUUGUGUGCUUUUGUCUAUACAGGGUGUUAG